AUGCAAUAUUAUAAUAAAAAAACUGAAGAUGAAGUAUUUGAUACUUUAAUAAAAAAUCAAAAAAACAAAACAAUUUUAUUAGAUAAAAACUACAAUCAUUUUGGUGCCUCUUAUAAAAAUAAACAUUGGAUAUUAAUUUUUGGUUGCUUAUAUGCAACAGAAAAAAUUGAUCUUAAACUUUUAUUAGAAUUUACAAACAAAGAAAGAACAAAAAUCAGUAUUAAAAAACUUGAAUUAAAUAAUCAAUUAGUAGAAGCAGCACAAAAAUAUGCUGAAUAUCUUGCGAGAAAUAAAAUUUUUGAUCAUAUUCCAAAUGCAAGAAAAAAAAUCUCUGAAAUUAUUUGGAUAGAAAAUCUUGAUCGAUCUUAUGAAAAUGAAAAAGAAGCAGUUAAAGGUUGGAUGAAUUCUCCUGGUCAUAAAAAACAAAUUAUUAAUAAAGAUUAUACUUAUUUUGGAGCUGGAUUUACUAAAGAUAUUUGGGUACAAGCAUUUGGAAUGAAUAGUUAA